AAGGCAAGAAGCCAUUUUGCGUUUCCGUGAAUGUGCGGGAGUUUGGCGGCCGGGAAAGGAGGGAGAGUUCGGAGGAAGGGAAGGCAGGGAGGGAAUGGUGGCUGAAUCCCGGUCGCGGGACCGGAAGCCUAGCGGAAGCCGGAAAUUGCUGGGGGGGCGGGCCUCCCAGCCAAGCAGCCCGGGCGAUCUCUCCAGGCUCCCGCCGUCCCCCGAGGCAGGAGGCAGCCCCGGGGGCGCGGGGUGAACCAGGGCUCUGUAUGGAUUUUAUAUUGGAAGACAUGGAUCUUGCUGCCAAUGAGCUCAGCAUCUAUGAUAAACUUUCAGAGACCAUCGAUUUAGUGAGGCAGACAGGACAUCAGUGUGGAAUGUCAGAGAAGGCAAUUGAAAAGUUUAUCAAACAGCUGCUAGAGAAGAAUGAACCUCAGAGGGGACCACCCCGACAUCCUCUGCUCAUGGUUGCUUACAAGGUCCUGAUCACACUGGGGUUAACCCUGCUCACUGCCUACUUUGUGAUUCAGCCCUAUAGCCCUUUACCACCUGAACCAGUGCUCUCUGGGGCUCACACCUGGCGCUCUCUGAUCCAUCAUAUCAGGCUGUUGUCCCUGCCCAUUGCCAAGAAGUAUAUGCUUGAAAAUAAGGAAUUUGUUCCUCUGUCUAAUUAUAAUGAGCCCCCAAGUGACGAUGGAUACCCAGAAUGUGAUGACUGGUGGAAAACCGACUGCAACCCCAACAAUGCCACCAUCCCUCCUAACUGCACUGGCUGUGCAUUGAUUUCAGGCCUCCAGGUGGUGCCAAUCUUGUCACAAUUACCCCCUCAAUUUGAGAAACUCCAGCCUCUGCUAAUCAAGACUGGCACUUCUCUGACAUCCAAGGAUCUUCAGCUUUUUCAAUGCCAGUACCCAGAGCUGACCGAAGGGAUCUCAGAAGGAAUAUUAGCCCGGUGGUGGAAUUGUUUUCCUCAUCAGCAUUUCCCUUUUAGUUUCCCAUGGAGCAAACCUCUGAAUAGAACGAACAUUCUACAUCAGCUUUUCCCUGUGUUCAGUUCCUUGCCAUUUCCCAAAGAUGUCUCCUUGAAAAGCUGCUUUGUCGCCCAUCAACCACCUGUACUAGGAAGUAAGAUGCGUGCAGUGCAUGACCUGUUUGUCAUCGGCAGUGGUGAAGGCAUCAUGUACCUCACUCCUCCUCCUGAGUGCCGAAAGCACUGUAAUACUGUGGUGAUGCAGCUGGAGCCAGGGGACAUCGGCUAUGCCAGUGUGGAUCAUUGGAAGAUAAGUGUUGGACCAAGAGGAACAGAGCCCUUGGUGAUCUGUGAUGGAACCACCAACUCAGAAAUGUAGAGAAACAGGUUUCUGUCCCAGGAGAACCUGGUAGAGCUGAAGAGAAGAUCAGGUGAUUGGGUGGGCGGGGCGGGAAAUAAAAAGACCGAAACAAUGAAAUUUCUUUUCAGGGGUUGGUUACUUAGUAGUUAUCCCUUUGCAUGUGUGAUUCAGUGAUUCAGGUAGUGUUGUGUUCAGUGUAACCUUGUGUAUGAUAUAGUCAUGCUCACUCUGUAGAUAGACUGUGAAGUAUUCACUUUCCCAUAGGCUGCUCACUCAGGCUAAAAGCCGGUGUUCUUGGUGAGCUACAAAUAUUGUCUGACUCCUUGGAGAAUUCUCAAGAAGAGGGAACACUCAAAAAGCACCUGUCUCACCUGACAUCUUGCAGCUGAGACCCACCACUGUCCUGCUGAAGGGGAUCUGCCUAGAGAAGGGGAGAUUCUGUCCUUUUUGCUGACUCUUAAGUUUGCCACUUUCAGCUUUCUGACAUGGGCUUGCAAAACCAUCCUUUUUGAGUGUUCAAGCAUAUUUAGACCCCUCUCUCCUGACCUAAUCCUGUUUAGACUUUCAUAUUUUGCAAAUCUGUAGUAGAGACUCCCUCAGGAACAUUUUCAUUGUUAUCCUCAGUACUAUUGACGAUAGAGUAGAUAUCUCAAGAUAAACCCUGAGCAACUAAGAUGGCCUCAGAUUGCAUACUUAGCAAGUGUACUUCUUUCUCAAUAUCCUUCCGAGAGACCUUAGGGAUUCCAGACUCGGACUAGAGUCUGGUAGUAAUUUGAUCAGGCAGUUCCUAGGGGUAAUAUUCUCCCAAAUUGUUUAGAUUCUCCAAUUUUUGGUGGUGUUCUCUCUCUCUUCCUCCCCCCAUAUCUGGUUUGUUUUCUCAGUAAGACGUCUCAUGAUCCCACCCAUGUCAAGGGUUUGUUUUGCUUUACCAAAGUGUCUUUCUAGACGGGGAGUAUGCUAAAGUAGGCCAGCCUGGGAAGCAGUUUCCUCCCUGGCCUUGAUCUUUAGGAUUUGAAUUUCUUCUGUGAAAAAUGUUUUACAGAUGUGUCAAGCUGAUGUCAUAGUGUGGUUAGGGGAGGAACUCAGGACAUGCAUUGUUGGCUGACUAAUGUUAGUGGGGUGUGAGGCUGCUGUUUUGCUGAGAAAUAAGGUGGGUUGUUGCUUUUUUUCAGUCUUGUAAAGCUGUUUUCUUUUCAUUGGGCGUUUGAGUCUAGUAAAAAUUUUUCUAAAAUGCUAUCAUUCAGUACCAGCAAUGUGGUGUAAAUGGUAGGGCUCGUUUCUUGUUCUGCUGCCUUCCUUAAAAAUGUCAAGACACCUACUACCUAGUGGGUAGGCAGGCCAUUGCUCAGAAAAAGACAAGACUAACAAGACUGACCAUCCUGGGACUGCAUUGGGAGCUGAAGCAAGCCAGCAUCUAGAACAGAUCUUUUUUGCUAAAGACUAAUGUUAUUGACUGGUGUUGAGGGCAGUUCAUGCUGAUAUGCACUAGGAGCUGCUUGCAAGGUUUCAUCCUUAGCACCAGGAGAGAGCCUAAAAAAACCAGAGCUCUGGAUUCUUCUUUCAGUUUUAUGAUCGUAUGGUCCCUUCUACUUAAUGUGAUUUCUUUAUCAUAUUCUUACCAGUUGUUUAUUAUAAAGGGCACGUAAGAAUUUAGAGCAAUAUUUCCAUAGCUGCUGUGUGGGUUAAUCAUUUUGAACCAGCCUAGAUUGUACUUGAUAAUCUGCCCUAGACCAGAACAAUAGUGAAUUACAUCCGAUGGAGCUAAUAGUUUAAAAAAGCAGCCACUUUUUAUAUCAUUAUGUAAGAACCCAAACCAGCAUCUCCUUGUAGAAAAUCUAGUCCUUUUAGACUCAUGACUCAGGAUUGCUUUAGAAUUCAGAAGAGAAGGUCUGAUGGGAACUUAGGCAAAUGUCCAGAGUUUCCUGGUAGCUUGCUCCAGAUGGAGUGUGAAGGGGGAAUAUUAUGUAUUGCCUCAGCUUUAGACGUCUCUGAUGCCCCUGGUCAGAUGCACUCCCAUUCUCUCUCUGACUUCAAAGGACUGCUCCACAACAACUGUUUUGGUGGCUGGGGCUUCUGGGUUUGUCUCUUGGAAGAGCUGAUGAGAUCUUAGCAACAUCAUAGGUUUUUAGAGCCUAUUCAGGACUGAAAAGGGCCCAAGAGACCCUCUCAUCCUGUCCCUCUUUUUAGAAACUAUGAAAGAGACGGUGACUUGCCCAUAGUUACCCAGAUAGUCAGGGACAGAGAUAGGAAUUGAUCCCAGAGCCUCUGACUCCAAACCCAUGGCUUUCUCCCUCUACCCUGUGUGCUCCAACUAGAGCUCAAAGGCUCUGGAGAAUGGAACAUUUACAUGAAACAGUGGCCUUGAAGUACUAAGCAGUGGAAGUCUUAGCAGAGCCACCACUGAAAGGUGACCCCCCCAGGAUGUUCUAGUAGCUGCGGUUUUGCCACUUCCACAAAGGACCGUUGCAACAAGUUAUUAGAAAUAAUGUAGGCCUCCGAAUUCUACCCUUGUUUCGAAGCUGUUUGAGGGUGUAAAAACUGUGAGUCUUAGGGACUGGGCUGAAGGGCCAUUUAAAAUUUUACCUGUUUCAUGGGUUACCAUGGCCAAAAAAAGUUUUGUUGCCAGGUGGCUAGCCUCUGGCUGCUCUACCUCUCUAUUCCUAGGCUGGCCCUCAGAUAAUAAGCUUUGUCUAUUCUAAACCUGGGGCCGUCCUCAAAGCCUUCCCAACCUGGUAGAACCUUACAGAGCUUACACUCUGUCAGCAAUGCCUUUGAGUUCACCUGGGGUCACCUCCAUACCAUGCAUCUUCCUAAGACCUUUUGGAAAUCCACAGUCGAAAUGGACUGAGCCAGAUUGAGUUGGCUGUACCUGGCUUCCAGAGGCAGUCAAGAAGUGCGUUGGUUAUUGUGCAGACUAAGCUGUGCAGUGACACCUGUCCAUGGACAAGAUCAGGCUUUCAUUUUCCCAGAGCAGAGAGAAUUUCAUCACUAGGAAUUGUCUUUGGAGUUUGGCCACUUUGGCAUAAAAUCCAGUUAGUUCCAGCUUCGGUCCCUUUUCCUAGAUUUUUUCUCUCUAUUGAGAUCAAAGAUGGGGAUGGCAAGGCGAGCAUAUAGAUAUCCAAAACACUGGUCUCCAGAGCUUUCUAGUCUGGUCUGUGAAGAGACCUAGGGACCAUUCAUUUUCCUGUGUCUUCUUCCGUUUGCUCCUAUCCUGCUCCAAUGUCUCCUUUGGUCCGUGGAGUUGACCCUGUGUUACCAGAGGCGACCCCAGGACCACAAGCUUUCACAGGCCUUUUAAAAUCCAGCUGGAAGAGAAGGCUUCAGGUAGAGGCUCUGAAAGGGACUCUGAUCUGAGUGCUGCCCUUGCCAAGUUCAGACACCUUAUCAUCAGAGGGCUGACCACCCUGUGAUUUUCUUUUUUGACAGUAGCAACCCACAAAAACUGCUAAGGCAUGGGGGAAAGAACCAUGAUCUGCUUUGAUGGAAAGAAGAACUGUAGUGGUUGGAAAUGCUGAUUCUUAGAGUUAGAGUGCUGGUUCAUAGAGAGGCAUCUACAAACAGGACAGCAGCCUUCUGUAGCUCUCAGCCACUUAAUCUAGCCAAGGAGAGCAAUAAGCAAAUAAUUAUGUGAAUGUCAGAGGUGAGCUUAAUUUAUUUAACUUUUUUGUAGACCUACCUUGGAAUUAGGCCAUUUCAGGGAAAAGACCUGGAAGUUGGUAAGGCUUUAGAAUGCAUUAGUCAGUCAGUAACAUUUAUUAAAUCCAUACUGUGUGCCAGGCACUGUUCCAAGUGCUGGGGCUACAGAUACAUAUAAAAACAGAAGCCCCUGCCCUCAAGGAUCUUACAAUCUAAAGGGUGAAGAUGUUAUUCAAAAGGGAGAAGUUGGAAGGGGAAAGGGGAAAAGAUUUUUAAAAAAACCUUAUUUUAAAGAUUGUUUGCAAGAAUCUUCUAGAAAGGAAUACAAAAGAGAAGAGGUGAAAGAGGUUCUCUAUCUUUUAUGAUGAUCAGUUCUUAAAUUUUGUCACACAAGCAGGUAGUUAGAAGAUGAGCUUGUCCAAGACAAUUCCUCAGGCCCGAGUGUUUUCAGAUAGCUUGCCAGGCAAGGGUACGACCCAAUUUCAGUUGUGGUCCCCUCAGGAUUUGUUUUUCAACACUUGAUUCCCUGUUCUCUUCCCCAAAAAGAGGUGAACCUUCCAGGACCAGGGGGUCCUCAGGACCAGAGGCAGAAGCAGUGAUUUCAAAACCAAAAGUAUCUUGUAGGAAUGGCAUGGGGAAGUCAGCACUGGAAUUCAUAGCUUUUGGGUUUUUUCCUUUUCAUUGUCAUUGGCGCUGUAUUAAAAUGGUUUAAAGUGGUUUACAUGUUAAAUGGGUUAGGCUUUAAUGGUUCUUAUACUGAGCAUUCAAAGUCUAGUCUCUUUUCUGUCUCUUUUUCUUUACAUGGCUGGAAAAGGCCAAACUGGAGAAGGAGGAAACAGGAUGGGCAAUGAAAUCCUAGGUAGAAAGUUUCACCUAGUUGCAUAGAUUUUUUUUUUUUUUUUGCAUAGAGUCUUAACGUACUUCCUGGGAAUUAAGCAAUGGGGUCUGUUUUCCCCUUUUGAGCUCCUUUUAGAAAUAGAAGAAACCCCUCAAUUCCCAGGUUCUGUCAUGCCCUUUGCAUCUCCCAGUGGUGAUUCUAGAGCUUAACAGGGUUCUACUCCAAUUGCUUUGGAAGAUUUUAUUGAAGUUAAUGAUUCUCCCCAUGUCCGAUUCCUUAGAAGUUUAUACAUGAAACACUUAAGUGUCGGGGCCUGGAGGAGAAUAUGAGAGUGGGUGCACAGCCUUCAGAGUUGAUGUCCAUGGGGAGGCUGUGGUACUACAAGAUGCUUUUAUCCCCUGCCAGCAGCACUCAUUUCUCUACCCACUCCUCUCCCCACAAGUUGUUGCACUAAUUCCAAGAGACUGCACUUUCAGAAUGUUUGGGUCUAGAAAGACAAACUUGUAGAUACACCUGCAAACUGUUACAUACCCUCCUUUUCCCCAAACAUAUUGCACCCUCCUCAGCCAAACUCUUGUCAUGGGUUAAGAUGGUGAAGGCCUAAACAGCUUCUCUGAUAAGACGGAGAACAUUUUAGAUGGUGCCCAUCUGUCCCUGAUGAUCAUACUGCCCCUUUGUUCUUAAGGUUUGAAUCUUAUUCUCAGCUGCGCCUUGCCACACGAUGUUUUUUUUUAAACCAGAUAUUGUUACUGAUACUUUUAAAUGUCACCUACCUUUCCCCAAUGUAGCCUUCGCAUCCCUUCCCAGAGAGCUAUCCUUUAUAUACCAAACAGUUUUUAAAGGGGAAAAACAGUUCAAGAAAACUGACCAGCACUUCAAAAAAAAGCCUAGAGUGAUCUCUGUUGCUUCACCUCCGCAAGGCCACAUUAGAUCUAUAAACUAGGAUUCCAAAGUGGUUCAGCCAGCCAGACAUCCCUCUGGACUCCAGCCAUAGUUCCAGGUCUGCCUGUCAUGGUUACUGUACUAAAGUGUGGGAGUCAGGUAAGCAGAAUCUAUGGAAAUGGGAGGCACGUAUUAUCUAUGCCAACAUCCAGCAAAACUUCAUCCUUACUGAGAUCCUAGAAUUGUAAACAUAUUCCUGGGGGAGGGGAAUGAGUUUUGGAAGACUAACAGGUGUUGUCUUUUUCGCACCACAUCCAAGUGCACCACGCCCUGUGAGCCGCAAGGGCUUAAGUGCUAGUCUGCUGGUCAUGCUCAGAAAUCAUCCACCCAGCACUUCUGCACAUCUGGCCCCAUCACUGUUUGACUUCCUUGGCCUAAAUAAUUGAAGUGAGACUUCUUUUGAUCUGCCAUUCCUUUCUCUUGAGACCUUAAAACUUCCAUACUUCUUUGGUGAGGGUUAUUAAAUACUUUGAUAAGUAGAUCCAUGUGGUAUUGUGACUCUGCUUAUAUAUUCCCACUUCUCCAACUCUUAGUAUGUGUCAGUCAACAGAUACUUAGCAGCUCACUGCUGCAAAGGCUCUUGAAUGGAAAAGAGGAAAUGAGCUCAUGAAAGGUGAUGUUAGAAAAAGCAUCCAGUAAGCCACCUUCACUUACUACAGGCGGUGGCUUUGGCCCUAUCGCUGUACUUGCCUCCCUUCCGGUCAGCUAGGUAUUGCCAGCGUCGUGUGUAAUCUGGUGGUGUGAGUGACAGAUCAGUGGAAGCCACAGAUAAUCCUGAGUCUGGUUUCAGACAGUGCUUCGACCUCCUUCCCCUUCCAAGCCACCUGAUCAGUUUGGAACAUUAGCAAAAGCACGUGGAUUUGCCCAGCUCCAUUUCCCUGCCCCCUCUGCUGCCAGCGGUCCUUCUAUGGCAUGCGGAAUGAAGGAGGAGAAUUUGAGAAGCCCAGAAAACCCAGACUGAAUGAUCAGUCCUUCAGAAAUUCAAGCAGUGAAGGGGGCACCUGGCAGUGAGGGCAGCUCCAGAAACUCGCUUCUUUUGUGUGUGUUUGUGAAGGUCAGGGCUCUUCCCUUUGCUUUGGAGCCCCCAAAGCAGCUGCGGUUCAUUUCCUGACUCUGUUUUGUUUGUGAGAAGUGAGUGUGCUGUGAAACUGAGACUUAGUACGGUGGUAGUAAUUUGUGCAAAGUUAGUGACAUAAGUGUUUGGAACUCCAUAUGCUAUGAAUAUAGUGGUGGUUAAUCAAAUACACAACUAACAAAAAUUUUAUUUACAGUAACUUAAUAUAUUGCAAACUUGUAAAUACCUCCAUCAUGUAAAGCAUGUAUAUAAAUCAAAAUUUUAUGUAAGUUUGGUUUUUACUUUUUGUGAUAAAGAUGCAUAUGGUGGUAAAUGUU